GUUAAACAUUUUCAAACCGGUUAUUUUUUAAAUUAAUUUUAUUAUACAAUAAAUAAUGUUAAAUAUAAAAAAUAUAUUAUUUCAAAUAAAAGUUCCUUGUUUUAUUAAACAACAAAAUUCACAAAAGUCAUGGUUUCAUUUAAAUUCAGUUUUGAGAGUAUUAAAUGUUUCUCUACAAAAUCGAUGUGUUGUUGUUAAUGAAAGCUCAUCUGACAAGCAAUUACAUUUUAUGAAAUUUCCUACAGUUUGGCUCCGAGAUAAUUGUCAGUGUAAUGAGUGCUUUCAUCAAAGUUCAAAAAGUCGUCAAAUUGAUUGGGUUAAAUUUGAUACUAAAGUUAAUAUUACAAAUAUAACGGCGUCUGAUAAUUCAAUUAGCAUUGAUUGGAGCGAUAAACAUAGUUCAACGUAUUCUCUUGAUUGGUUAAGAGAAAGAGAUUUCCAUACUGAUAAAAGAGAAAAAUAUUUAAAUGAAUUUUAUAGACCGAAAACAAAACAUUGGAGUAAAAAUGAUUUUAAAAAAAUUUUGAGUACAUUUGAGUACAAAAAUGUUAUGGAAAAAAAUAAUGAUUUAAAAUUAUGGUUACAACAGUUAGCAAUAUAUGGAGUGGCAAUUAUUAAAAAUGCUGGAACAGAUAAAACUGCUGUAAGAAAAUUAGCUGAUCGGGUGGGUUUUAUCAGGAAAACUACAUAUGGAGAAGAAUUUAUUGUGGAAGCUAAGCCUGGGGCAAAAAAUUAUGCUUAUUUAUCAACACCAUUACCUUUACAUACUGAUCUUCCGUAUUAUGAAUAUAAGCCGAGUGUUAAUCUAUUGCAUUGUGUUGUACAAUCAAAUUCUAAAGGAGGUGAAAAUCUUUUAGCUGAUGGUUUUCAUGUAGUCGACAUUUUAAAGAAAAAUUACCCCCAUUUCUUUGAAACAUUAACUAAAACUGUUAUAGAUUGGAAUGAUAUAGGUGAAGAUGGUGGUCUUCCAUUUCAUAACAUUUGGAGAUCGCCUGUUAUAUGUUUAGAUGGUGAUGGCUUUUAUACACGUAUAAAUCACAGUAUUCCACAAAGGGAUAGUCACUUUAAUGUUACAAUAGAGGAAGUUGAAUUAUGGUAUGAAGCAUAUUCAAAAUUCGUUAAAUUAUUACAACAAGAAUCAGUAUCAUUUAAAUUGAGUCCUGGUGAUAUUUUAACAUUUAAUAAUAUACGUUUGGUUCAUGGUAGAACUGGAUAUGAUGAUAAUGAAAAUAAUGUUAGAUGUAUUGUUGGAGCCUACUUGGAUUGGGAUAUAAUAUAUUCAAAAUUGAGAGUUUUAAUGAAAAAUUACAAUAAAAAUGAGAAAUGA